CACUAACUUUAGGACCAUGCGUCAGUGUGCCGGCUACCAGCCUUCCAUGACCCCCUCAGAUGGACUCUGCCUCUGGCUGCCAAAGGGACAGUGGUUUCACUGAACAGGAAGGAAUCGUCUCAGCUGUCAUGGCGUCUACCAGCGAGCGUGAUGAUCAAAUGGUGCCUGACGAGGAGGAGAACGACAUUCAUGGUGUCCAGUCUCGUUACCUGCGCUGUCCAUCGCCCAGCCUUUCCAUGAUGUCAGAGUCCAGGUUUUCCGCCAUCUCGGGCUCGGACGCUGCCAGCAUCUUUAUGGAACCCAUUCACCUGUCAUCCGCCAUUGCUGCCAAGAAGAUUAUCAGUGAAGAGCUGCCCCCUCGUGGGGUCCGUACUGAGUCCAUCCCAGAGUCAAUGCUGGAAACUGCAGACCAGCUGAUGGUGGAGGACCUCUACAACCGAGUAAGAGAUAUGAUUGACGAUCGCAGUCCUUACAACACUCCCUGUGUGCUCGACAUCCAGAGGGCCAUGGUUCAGGAGCGCCUGGAGGCCCCCAGCAGGCCCGUGGACGAGGUGUGGCCUAACAUUUUCAUUGCUGAAAAAUCUGUCGCGGUAAACAAGGCCCGCCUGAAGCGAAUGGGUAUUACGCACAUCCUCAAUGCUGCUCACGGCACAGGCGUCUACACCGGGGAGGCUUUCUACGGAGGCAUGGGGGUACACUAUAUGGGCAUUGAGGUGGACGACUUCCCUGAUGCCGAUAUCUCGCCACACUUCCGGUCCACCGCUGAGUUCUUUGACGAGGCUUUGCUGAGCCACAAAGGUAAAGUUCUGGUGGUUUCCAUGAUGGGCAUCAGCCGCUCAGCCGUUCUGGUGGCAUCCUACCUCAUGAUCUUCCAGCACAUGAGCAUAAUGGAGGCCCUGACAGCUAUUCGGAAGAAGCGGCCCAUUAACCCCAACGAGGGUUUCCUGAAACAGCUGCGACAGCUCAACGAAGAUCUGAUGGAGGAGCGAGACGAUAAUGACACACUGAGCCAGUGUUCUGUUAUUGACGCAUGCACUCGUGCUCGUAUUUUCGGCGACGGAAACGAUGAUAACACAGAUCACGAGGAAGCGCAAAGCACGGUGGAGGUGAAAGCACAUUCCAUCAUGAUGGAGGAAGAGGAGGAUGGCGCCAGCGUGAUGAGCAGUGUGGCAACCUCCGCAGCCACUGAGGCGCUCAAAAGUGGAUGGAUGAGACCGCAGCUUGACCAACCUUCAUGCAGUGAAGAGAAGACAGACCAGCCUGUGCAGGUGAGAAGUACCGAAGGUGCAGAGGAUGAAGAUGGGUUGGACAGCAUGAUCCACGAGUGGCAGCGCAGAAAUGAGCGGUACCAAAGUGACGCGUGGUGGGAGGCACAGCUGAACAGCGACGAAGAGGACUCAGCACCUGGCCUGUACGGAGACACCGACGUGGAGAGCGUCACCAGUGCAGAUGUGCGUGCCGUGAAGGAACGAUUAAAGCGUCACAACAGAUGCCCUCCAUCAGACACCGUGUCCACCUCGAGUUGCACCAGUUAUUCCAACCUUUGGAAGGAGCGGCUGAGGGAGAUCGAGGAACAGGCCGCAGCUCGUUAUCGCAAAAAGGAUGACACCAAUGAGAGCGGCGCCACACAGGGACAAGAGACCAAAAAGAAGUUUGAAGACGAGGUGGAGAGCAUCCUUUCAGACACUACCUCCAUGUACAAUUUCUGCCAGAAGAACAAGGAGAACAUGACCGCCUUGGAGCGCUGGCGGGUCAAGAGAAUCCACUUUGGCUGGAAUAAAAAAGACCGUGAGAACGGGGAGAAAAGCUCUGUUGCUGACGAUGAGAAAGGUGACGGCGUCGAAGCAGCACCUCCAUCCUUUGAGGAUGUAAACCUAACAGCCUAUCAGGCGUGGAAGCGCAGGCAGCAGAGACGACUCGGUGAGGAAAAUGUGGAUGAGCUUCUGGAGAUAAGUCGGGUUGUGGACUCUGCCGCUGUCAAGCGGAGGCAAAGACGAGAGGAGAUCCUACAGAGUUCCAAGAAGACAUUAGAAGAGAGUCAGUCCAUGUGCGGCUGGGAGAAUGAGAGCUGUGUCAGUGGAGCUACAAUACCGCUCUCUGCCUUCUGGGCGGGAGCUGGAGUCACCGGACCGCCGACCGCCAUCAAUGAUGACAACAUGUCAAUGCUCAGCGGAAGUUCAUCCGUCAUAUCAUCUGUGUCACAAGCUCGUAGUACAAGAUCAGUGCAAUCUGCUGCACAUCUUAAUCCCUCAGCACCGGUUCCUCCCAUCCUCCCAGUUCUAAGUGUCCAGGGUCCUGGGGGAGAACCGAUGGUUAACCUGGCCAGCAUCCAGAACUGGAUCGCCAAUGUGGUGACGGAAACCAUCAAACAGAAGCAAAACGAGAUGAGCCUGCCUCCUCCGUCACUUGCGGGGUCGGAGCUGAACUUUGGUGCCUCAUCCGGUGUGAUUUGGGGCCGGGGUGGAGAUGAUGAUAAAGCAUCCAUGUUGAGUGGUGCCUCCUUCUCCUCCAGCGCCAUGUCGCAGGGUCGCGGCCAGCCCUCGUCUGUCCUCUCAGGUGGCAGUCUAAGUGGCGUUAAUUCACGAGGCACGGCACUGGACACCAAGAAAAACAAAAUCACAACCACCAGCGUCCCUCUGUACAGCCUCUUCCAGGACCAGGUGGACCUGAGCAAACUAGACGCCAUGGACAAAGAGAUCAAGACAGACAUGAGAGGAAGAAUGGCGACCUAUGAAAAGAAGAAAAUCCUGGAGGACAACAAGCGUAGCACUUUGUACAAGAAAAAGAAACCAAAAGAGGACGAGGAUGAAGAGGAUGAAAGAAAGGAGGAAGCCGUUCUUGAAGACACAAAGAAGAAAAAAGACAAACCUGCAAGGACGUUUGGUCUCUCUGGAUGUCUGAACCUGAACCCAGCUUUGGAGAAAGAUAAGAACACCAGCAUUGACGACUGGCUGAAGAGUGUCAGGCCUCCAUCGAGAAAAGCCGCAGCCGCUGCAGAAAUGGAUCCUUACGAUGACCUGGACGACUCCGCCUCCCAGUUUGACCUUUCCAGCCGCCGGGCUUCAUGUGCUGGUGAGAACGGCGACGACAAGAUGCACGGCGGCACCUCCAGAUAUUCAUCUCGGCUGCGUGAGGAACCAUCAUCCCCUGACGAUGCGGAAUAUCCCGGCCACAGUCGAGCUGGGAGGUCAUACAGCCAGGACGACGAGGCGAGUGACCUCAGCUCAAGUAGGAAGUUCACAUGCUACUCACGAUACAAAUGCAAUGACACGCUAGAGGAAAGGCAGGGUCCGGAUGAUGACGCUGAGGAAGAGGACAUUGCAAACUUCAUUGCUCAAACUCGGCAGAGGGCCAGAGCUAGGGCUGCUGCAGAGGGAGUGGACAACGAGGUGGUCGCCGCCUGGAGGGCACAGCAGGAAGCCAAGUGGCAAAAACAUAUCAAUGAGUAAACAUAAUUAAUAAUGUUAAUA